AUGCGCACAGCAAUUCCGUUUUUUCAUAGCACGGUUAGUGUGGAUUGGUGUCGCCAGUCUGAAGACGUCCACUUGGGAGAAAUUGAGCAAUUAAAACAUUUUAUGAAGCAUGAUAACCAGACGUAUGUCGGAGCACAACCACUAUCCAUAGAGCUUAGUAAAAAGAGUCCGCACAAGUGCGUAGCUCCAGCAACUCCAUGCGAGGUGGUCGCACUCAAGUACAAGGGCACCCUUCCGGUGUGGCUCGCAUCAACAUUUUCCGCAAUUCCGCUACCCCUUUUAGAAUUUGGCGGCUGUUGCAUUGAAUUCAAGUUUUUGCAUCCGUACCUUGAGGAUCAAUUGUAA